GGGCCCAGCGGCCUGACCCAGGCCGGCGCACGGGAGGUGCCUGGAGCCAGCGGCCUGGCCCUGAGCGCGCCCCGCGGGAUGAGGCAGGAGCGGGGUGCCCAGAGCCGCUUCUCGCUGCGGGGAGAAGAUGAACAUCUGCAACAAACCUCCUAAUAAGACAGCUCCAGAAAAGGUGGGUGAAACAACUGCUGAAGUCCAAUCUCAGCACGCCCGAAGGAAUGGCUGGAGCUGGCCUCUACAUCCCUUCCAGGUUAUUGCCUGGCUGUUAUAUCUCUUCUUUGCUCUGAUUGGUUUCGGAAUCCUUGUGCCUCUCUUGCCUCACCACUGGGUGCCUGCUGGAUACAUUUGUCCAGGAGUGUUUUUUAUCUGCCACCUCGUGGUUCAUUUCACUGCAGUCUCCAUUGAUCCAGCUGACGCCAAUGUGCGAGAGAAUAAGUACCUAGGGCAGCUGGCCACUUUCAGCCGUAACCAACAUGCUCAUGUCAUCGAAAACCGUCACUGCCAUGUCUGUGAUGUGGAUGUAAGCUCCAGGUCGAAACACUGUGGAACCUGCAACAAGUGUGUAUGUGGCUUUGAUCAUCAUUGCAAAUGGCUCAAUAACUGCGUGGGGGAGAGGAAUUACUGGCUCUUUCUGAACAGCGUGGUAUCUGCCAUCCUGGGCCUCGUCCUCCUGUUGCUCAUUGCAUUCUAUGUCUUUGUGGAGUUCUUCAUUAACCCCAUGAUGCUGCGCACCAACCAGCACUUGGAAGUAUUAAAGAACGACACGGACAUCUGGUUUGUGUUUCUACCUGCAGCUCCCAUCGAGACCCAAGCUCCUGCCAUUUUGGUCUUAGCUGGGAUUCUCAUUCUUCUGGGCCUGCUGACUGUGAUCCUGUUAGGGCACCUGCUGAUCUUUCACAUCUAUCUUAUGUGGAACAAACUGACCACCUACGAGUACAUUGUGCAGCAGCGUCCCCGACAAGAGAUGAAAGAGGUCAACAAACAGCUGGAGUCUUCUCCUCCCCCAGUGAGGCCCACUCAGGAGGUGGGUUUUUAUGCAGGAAAUCUUGGCUACACCAACCCGGGGAUACAGAGGGAAGACUCGUCAACAGUAGCAUCAGGCAGAGAGCUUUCAAAGUUUGGUGUCCACAAUGGUGGAGCAGACCCCGAGCUCAACUCUUCUCCUGAGCUUCCAGCUCUUCAGUCCAUAGUUCACACCCAGCAGCAGAAGAAGAGGAAGAAGAAAAAGGUGCAUAAGGUUCCAUCCUCAGACAUGGCUGAAAAAUCCAAGACAAGCAGUCAGCCCAGGCGCCCUCUCCCAGCUACCCAGACAGCUAUGGAGUCAGGCAGAGCUGCAGUGCUACAGUGGGUUCCAACCAGCUCUGCACUGCAGAGCUCCGUGGUGCAGGAUUUGACCCACCAGGAAAAUGAGGCUUCCCCAGAAGAAUUUUCAGCCACUGCUGCCAUCUCAUCAUCCUCCCACAGCCUUCAUCUCCCUAUGCCAGCUUUCCCUCACAGAGCUGCCAUGCCUGCAAGCAGCAUUGGCCAUGUCCAGGCAGCUGGACCUCCUGUUGAAUACCACUCAGAGUCUGCAGAGUCCAUGGAUGAGAUCCCUGUGGCUCAAACCCGCCUGGGGAGUGCUGCCCCUAUGAGGGCUUCCAACAAAAGCCUUAACAACUUUCACCAUCAUUCCUUGUCCACAGCACAUGCCAGAGGUGAUGGGGAGAAGAAUCUAUAUCCUGGGCACCUGGUAAAAAGGAAAAGCUGCCAGAGAGCCAGUGAUGGGGAACAAGAGCUGGAACUGCUCUCUAGGAUACCUGCUGUGUUUGUGAGCGAGAGCAGUGGUGAGCCUCCAGUCCAACCUGGUGAGAUAGCAUCCAAGCCCCAUCACAGGAAGUGCACUAGCAAACAGCAUGUGGAUGAGCAGAACCCACCCUUGUGGGACAUGAGGACAAACACAAGACCAGCUUAGGCAUACUCCUUCCAAAGCUUACUUUCCAGGAUUUUGUCUUCAAGGGAAGGGAAAGGAGAUUGCUCACUCCACAAACAUGUUGGUGUCCAAAGAGUUCAGAUUCUUUGAUGGAAAGAUUCUUCUUUCCAGCAGACCAAGCUGCAGAGCAGAAGGAAACCUGUUAUGCCACCUUCCUGAUUGCUGCCUGCUUCAAGAUCAUCAGCAAGGGCAUCAGAGCAGGGUGAGAUGUUAGCAGCUCAGCUUCCUUCCCAUUACCCUGGAGAAGCAUUGGGUGUCCUUGGGGCAUAGACUGUAAUAUGGGGACUUCAGGUGUUCCCCAAUGUCCUGGAGAGCCCACACCCAAACUGUGGUCACCACCAGACUGCAAAGAGACAUUUAUUGCUGCCCCACCAGAGGCAAGAGCUACCACGGUGUCAGACCAGAGAAUUCUGCUUACCUUGGCACAUUACUAUGGGGUACUAUGGAAAUCUGCUUCCCCUAGGCAGCGGGACACUACCUCUCCAACUGAAACUUGUGCUGACUCCACCAACAUCCUGGCCUUCUGGAAAGUUGUUCGCCAUUAAUGUUGUUACAUGGUUUAUAUGUGAAAGAGGGGUGCAUUGAGCCCAGAUAUCUGAGGAUUGCUUUCUCACCAUCUCCAUGCAUUGGCUUACCUUGUGAAGAACGUGGAUUGGGAUGGUUUGACCCCUCAGAGGGUUGAGUGACCCAUAUGUGCUAGCCACCGAAAUUAACAUGCUUAAAUCUCCCAAGAGGUAAUUCCUAUGGUCUCAGUCCAGAAUGCAGCUUCCCUCUUCUAUACUGCUCAAUAGUAACAUGGGUCUUUGAGCGUGAUGGGCAGCACAUGUGUGCGUGUGUGAGCAAUACCUGUAGGGCACUCAGCCUGGUAGCAGGGAUAGAGCCAUCAUACCACUGGUGUAUCACUGCUAGGUAAUGCCCCUGUAGCGUUGUUUCCACUUCUCUCAUCUGUCAUUGUCUAUAUCUGUCAUCUAGGUGAAAUUCACCUUGUGCAAACUUGGCUUGAAAUGAUCAGAAGGCUGAUUACUCCCAUUGGCCUGGAAAGGGCUGGAAAAUUCUCUCGAACAGUAGCCACUGAAUCACAACUUAUUCCUUUAUGUUCCCUCCUCAUGCAACAAUAUUCUGAGUCUUGUUGUGUGGAGCUCCAUAAUUAGCUCUGUCCACAAUAAAAUUUUCUAUGACCUUUGCUAA